AUGCCCCGACUCGUACGACGGCGUCCCCUUUGGGAUCGCAUCACUUCAAUGCUGAACCCCAUGGAUUUUUUGCUGUGGCUUUCCGAGGAGAUAGAGACGAGAGACUGGGAUUCGGGUCUGGUGGGAACGCAACUUGGCCUUGGGUUGAACUUUCUCUUCCUCGUCGUGCGGGCGAACUCGGGUUCCAAGCAGGCAAGUGAUGAUAUUUUUGGCGACGACGGUUCAUCCCGCUGGUUGUCGAUGCUUAUCUAUCCGCUAUCCUGGGGGCUGAUUGCGUUUUCCAUUAUCAACGCCAUUUAUACUGUUUCGCGAAGUAGAAAGUACAGAUUAUUUGAGGCGAAUAUCGACGUGAAACCGAGUUCAUCUUCUGUUCGACGAGUUAAAGUGCAGUCUUCGCCGGUGGCUUCGUCGCCGCUGCGCUUUAUUGCCGACAUGAUUACUUCAGAUUCGGCCGAAUCGAGGGCCCAUCCAGACAAGAGCCGAGAUGUAUGGGAGCUCUCCAUAUGGGACCCUCUCCCUGUUUGCGUUAGGCUGGCAUGCUUGUUUAGUCCGGGACAUGUACUCGUCUAUCUAAUAUUCUUGCCUCUAGCGCCUUUGGAUCCUCGCCCUAGUGUCACCGUCUUUAAUUCCUUGGUUAUGCAAGUGGUCUUGUCUGCGCAGAUGCUUUUGCUAUCAUCGAGAUAUUUGCAGCAGGCCAAGGAUAGCGCUAUCGUUCAGAAGGAGGUUUUCCAUGAAUACGAUGCCAAAUUUGUCCAGCCACGAAUCCACCCGAUUGUCAGAGACGUCGGGACGCAAAUGUCGGACGACCAACCGGUAAUUUCGAGAGAGUUUGUUCAGGUUGGAACGCCGACGACGCUCAUCAGGCGGUCUUUUAUCUCUCAUGGUAACUCAUAUGUCGACUCAGAGGAAGCCACGCCUAUAAAGAGGUUUAACAGUCCCAGUAUCAGUGCGGGCAAUGUUAUGAAACCACAGAUGUUCACGCCUGCCACUGCCAGCCGGCGAACAGAGCUAUUCACUCCCGCAGUAAGCAGUCAUCGAUCUUCGGGUAUCCGACAUAGUUUGCCGGCUGGAUACACCCCGCGUAGUAAUACUCCUGCUGCCUACACACCUGCUCCGCCGUCAACCUCCACGGUGGGCACGUCAACGGGCGUGAAUACGAAUUUCGGAGGCGGCCUUGGCGUUUACUCACACCAAAAAUCCCCCUUGAAGAAGGCUAUUAGUAUGUCAGACAUGAACAGUGACAACUUCUCGCCUAGGAGUUCUAGGGAAGUAGCUGCAUAUGAACAGCGCGGUCAGGAGCCCCCAAGUAGCCCGACAAAAUACUCGGAAAAUAUGCGCUUCACGGGUACGAAUAUCAACAGCUCGCCGCGUCCAUUUGCCAAUAUGGGCAAGCAUUCGGCGUCGGAAAGACCUGGGUACUUGCGCCUGACUAACUUCGGUGGUAUUCCAUUAUCAAGCCAAGGACCGGUUGCUCCUUUCCCGAUUUUCGCGACACCGGUAAACUCGCCGGAUGCGCCUACUUCUGGAAAUACAGACAACGCCUUCCGUUUUGCUUGGUGGAACAUGUCACCGUUUCUCCCUCCCAAGGCGUCCAUCCCGAGUCCGACAACGCCUGUACAAUCCGACAAACGGUCCAAACCAACAACAGGAAAGAAAUCAUCUGUCAACACCCAUAGCUCAUACUCCAUCAGCUCCUGGGUCAAGAACAUAUUGCCUAGCCACCGACCGGAGCGUAGGGGUACACUCCGUCGUCGAGGCUACUGGGAGCAGCAGGAGUUGAGGCAUUCUAAUCAGAACGAGACGUAUUUCGCAGCAGACAGACAAAGUCGAAGGAGCGCAACGGUUGGGUCAAAUCAUAUCACUGAAUGGAACUUGGCGAGAGACCUAUCUGACGGUGGGAAGACCUGCCGUGAUUGUGAAGAAAAUAUGGCUCUGGAUGCUGAUCGAAAAUGGAGCUGGGCUCCUGGCGACGAUACUGUGAAAAGCCGAAUGGACAUCCCGGAUACGAAACAAGCACAUGGGCCUUCUAGGAAAAAUCAAAACCAAGCCAAUGUUGCGGCUGUUGACAGUUCAGGGUCACAAUCACCAUCUGCAGCUGAACUUCAGACCAUCGAGGCGAAAAAAGAGACACGUCGACUUCGACGUAAUCUGAAAGAGAGUGGCGAUUACCUGGGUGUUCAAGGUUUUAACCCAGAGACUGGUCAGCUCGAUGUUGUGACCUCAACGGAGAGCGAUAGAAGCAGCCUCAGCCAAGAAACUCAGCAAAAGCUUCUUAUUCUUCGUAAUACCCUGAGAGAUGCCCGGCAUUCGUACAAGGGCGCAAAAGAGAGGAACGAGAACGAAGUUAGGAAAAUUCUGUGGAAGAAUGAAAAGGAAAAGCUCCGCCGGUUGGAGAAAGAAAAAGAAGCGGCGACGGAGAUCAACAAAACAUUCAAGUGGAAACGCCAUGCACGGCAAUGGUCCUCAGCUCAGGAGCCGGAUUUGAGUCCUAUCGCCCAGUCAAUUGUUGGAACAGCAGAGACAUCUCGCAGGGAAUCACAUCAUCAAAACUCGAAACUCGAGCAUCACGACUCGAUGUCAAACCUCAUUGAUCUUGAUUUUUCCUGCAAAACUUCCUUUCCUGCUUCAGCGAUGCACGGCGACCAGCCGCUAGCGCGGAGUCCUGAUUCAGCAGCUACAGUCGUCAAAACAGCACAUGGCCAAAGCCUCGCAGACCCUGCUGGGUUAGGUUCCUCGGCCUGGGAACUCUUCGUGAAUGGUAUAAGUUUCGACAGUUCCGACGAGCCCGUGCCCGCCAAAGACCCGGAGGUUAGCUUGCCAGGUAGUGAGAGGACAUAUAUAAGGCAAUUUGGGAAUAGUGAGCAACCAGCCUCGGGUAGCAAGUCAAACAACAGCCAAGAAACUCAUUAUUCUGUCCUGAGAGAAGAACUGAAGCAGAAGAAUGCGAAUAUUGGACCUAAUAAUAACGGUUCUUUUUUAGACUUGCGCCGCCAGAGACAAGAGGACCCUAGAGGGGAAACAGCCAUAAUAAACUCUUUGGCAAUACUGACGAGAAAAUACUCCAAGCCCAGCAUACGGUCAAAGAGGCUGCAUUUACCCCACAACGUUGUCAAUCUCUCAAGCCAAUGCAAGCAAGACAAAAGAGGGCCAGCUACGAUAAAUUACAACAAGAAGGGAGAGCAGUCCCAAUCAUCUUCCAUGAUGACCGCGGAGCAGGUGCUACGAAAGCGUCAGUCCGAGGGCAUCCAGCCCACGCAAGAAAAACCUGUGAUAGCGACAGGUUCACGAGCAAAGCUCAUGCAAAAUUGGGGUCAUUGGAUAUCGAGAAGGAGAGGAUCCCGAAGUUCUCGAUCAAGCCAAGACAACACAGCGAGCCAUUCCGCCGUCGAUCUCAAGACAAUCCCACAGAUUCCAGACAGUUGGGCAGCAGAUCUAACUUCCAGGCUGGGCCAGCAGAUUUUUGCUCACAGGCCGGAGACGAACCGCCGAGUGAGUACCAACUACACGACGCGCCAGCAGACGGGGACAGAAGUCGAAGAACAGCAUCGAGUCUCUUCAAUUACAGAACCCAACGAGCACAUAGACAUCUCGGCCCGAGACAACCGCGAGAGUAUUGCAUGGAAAGAAGUCGAGACCAAGCAACCAGUACCGGUAAGCUGUGCAUGCACACCCAUCACCACCACUACUGGUUGCGGCCAACAAGAUUUGCAAGUGAGCCCCCGAACGACUAUCCAACGGGACACAGAGAACCCUUCAAGUCUACUGUUGGAGAGUCAUCGCCGUGGUAUAGCGUCCGGCAUGCCUCUGGCUGCCAGGUCCGAAAGCAACUUGGGGGCCGCUGUAAUGAAACCCUUACGGAAUCAAUUGCAGAGCGUGGGCCAGGCAAAUCACGGUAUCGGAAGAGAUACUAUGUUGAAGAACAGGCAAAUACAAAUGGACGAGCGCAUGGAGAGGAGUACCCGGCCUGUUGCGAAGACCGGCAACACGGCAGCAUCGGACGUGGUCGUGUCCAGGCCGAAAGAACUGGUUGGCACUUCAAAGGCAGUCAAGGGUCUCGGAAAACCUGUGGCCCAUGGCGUAGACAUGAGGCCCAAAGUGAUUUCCAAAGUAUCGAACGAGGGCGAGCUAAAAGAUGCCAACAUACGAACCGAAUGCAAGCUCGUCAUGUCAGAACAGAACCGGCACAUGGCACGACAAGACGAGCCCGGCGGGCUGAGCGACGCAAGUCAAGGACCAGGACGCUUCACGGAUCCGAAUGUCGGACACACUGGCGGCGACGGUUGCCAAAGCUCUUCAAGUGGUGACAAAACAACUGACGCUGUUUCUCUUAUGGCGAUUACGGAGUACUUGGAGCUAGUAAGAUGCCACUUACUCGCAUUCUUUCUGCUGUACUGGGAGAUUGUAGGCCCAGUCUUCAAUUCCGGAUCGGAGUACUGGGCGAGAAACAGGAGAAGCGAAUCAACUCUGGGCGAUUGUUUUGCUCUAGUUCUUGCGCUGCCCGGAGCAAUCCUUGUUGUCAUGGGCCUUAUUUAG